UGACGUCCUUGGUGCUUCUGAGCUACUGGCAAUUUUCCUCAAGCUUAAGAAGAAGAAGACCUAAAGUAUUACACAUGGAAAUGUAAACAGACCGGUUUUGCUGAAAGCAAGUUACAUAAACUGGAGAACAACAUAAGCGAUUCCACAUCUUUCACACAAGAGCUAGUAACAAUUUUUAUAAAAUUGUUUCUUUCUGGGAGAGGUUAGCUACGUCUACAGAUGAGCAGAAUAUUCAACAGACUUCUCUUGAAGGAGUCAUCAGGGCUCAAACAUUUGUUACUAAACAAGUGGGAAAUUUCUGAAGUGGCCCUAGUUCACGCAUAAAAACAACUUGACACUUAAUGUUAAAACUGCCAAAGGAAAUAUGCCAACUCAGCCUCUUUUAGUAUACAUGGAUGUUCCAGAAGGUAUAGCCAGUACAGUUGGUUCACGAAUGGACAAUAGUGAUGCCACUAUGCCAGUAAAAGGGGCCAACACAAUCUCCUAUAAGAACUUGCAAGACAAGUUCUUAAUGCAAGGUGAAGGAUGCAUAUCUUUAGACUGCAUGUUUUGUGAACAGACUUUCAAGCAUCCAGAAGAUCUUGGUAAGCAUGUCUUAAUGCAGCAUAGGCCAACACUUUGUGAACCGGCAGUUUUGCGUGUAGAAGCAGAGUAUGUUAGCCACCUUGAUAAAGGACAGGGGAGAAUUGACCUGCCAUCACUGGAUGUAAAUGAAAAGGAUAGCCAAGACUUCAGCUGUGUGGUUUGCGGGCAAACAUUUGAUGCGGCUUUUGAUGUUGAGGCCCACAUGAGGAAGCACAAGGAUUCUUUCACUUAUUGGUGCAAUGUAUGUGGAAGGAGAUUUAAGGAGCCUUGGUUCCUCAAAAAUCACAUGAGAACUCACACUGGCAAACCUGGCUCUCGGAGCAAGGCGUUGCAAGGAUCUGAGAGUCCCAUAACAAUAAAUGAAGUUGUUCAGGACCAAGUGACAGAGAGCAUAACAUCCCCUUACAAAAUCUGCAUGGUGUGUGGCUUUCUGUUUCAGAAUAAGGAAAGUUUAAUUGAGCACAGCAAAGUACAUACCAAAGAUUCAUUAGCCAACAGCAAUGGUUCACCAUCUGAAGGGGAUGGUAAAGGAAGUAGGUCACCCAGAGAAGAAUUUCUGCAAUUUUUAAACUUAAAGCCACUUUCACCUUCUAGUAACAGCAAACAAAAAAAGCCUGUGAAAUGGAUUGCUGAGUUGGAUCCAUUCAGUACCUAUCAGGCAUGGCAACUGGCUACUAAAGGCAAAAUUGCUAUUGGCCAUGGGCAAACAAAAGAUGCUGGUCAAGAGGGAAGCACAGACAAUGAUGACUCAUCUUCUGAUAAAGAAGAACUUGGAGAGAUUUGGAAUGCAAGCAAAGCAAACCCAGCAGAAAGCACGGGAAAGACCAAGGGAAGCAGAGGUGGAAGUUACGCAGACAAAUUCAAAUAUCCUUGCCGUGAAGUGCCUUCUUUGCAUAUAGAUUCUAAAUUGUCCCAGAACAAAGACAAGCCUACCCACUGUUCAGAGUGUGGCAAAGCCUUUCGGACUUACCACCAACUUGUCCUUCACUCAAGAGUCCAUAAGAGAGAUCGGAAGAAUGAUAUAGAGGCCAGUUGUGGGGAAGGAAAGCUGCCAAGAACAUGCCUUCCAGACACUGUGACCCUGGAUGAGAAUGGAGCUGAGCGACUGGAGGGAGGCUCUGAAGAUGGCUCCGAGGAUGGGAUAAUAGAGACUUCAGAUAAAAAUGAAGAUGGUUUGGAAAGAACAAAAGUAAAAAACCUUGGAGCCUCCAGAGAAUGCAGCUACUGUGGAAAGUUUUUUCGUUCAAACUAUUACCUCAAUAUUCAUCUCAGAACUCAUACAGGCGAAAAACCAUACAAAUGUGAAUUUUGUGAGUAUGCAGCAGCACAGAAAACAUCUUUGCGCUAUCACUUGGAGAGACAUCACAAGGACAAACAUGCAGAAGCUGCAGCAGAUCUGAAAAAUGACAGUAAAGAGUUAUUGCCUUCUCAGGAGACGGGCUUCUUGUCAGUAAGCGGUCAUGCUCCAGAAACCAAAAACCUGAAAAGGCUCCUUGAAGAUGCCAAAGAUGUCAAAGGAGUAGUUCCACCUGUAAAACAGCAGAAAGAAGAGCUUUACCCUUUUCAGAGUUUGCCAAAAAGUAUAACUCAGGACACAAGCAAAGGCUUGGAGUGUGAUGGCUUGAAAGAGGGCGCAUCUGUUUCAGUUUUAAAAUUGGAAAAAAACACAGCAGAACUUCAGGCAAGCAGUCUUGUUAAUAGAACUGAAAAGAAGAAUUCUGAAUUAGCAGAAGACGUGUUUUAUGCUGGCCGAACAGAUGUGAAUCUUUUAAGUGACAUUACUGAAAACUCAAAAUGCAGAUUAACGGUUCAAGAAAAGCCCUUAAAUUUAUCUACCGCCUCUUCUCAGGGUGUUCCAGUAAUUCCUCAUUCUCGGUGUUCCUUAGCAACCAGCACCUGUCCCUUUUGUACUUUCCGGACGUUAUAUCCAGAAGUUCUAAUAAUGCAUCAGCGGCUGAUGCAUAAGUCUGCUAAUAAUCUCAAUGCUGUUACUAAAAGUAGUAUUAGAAAUAAGGCAGCUCAUAAAGCCAGACGUACAGGCUGCCCGCCCUAUCUUUUGGGCAAAGAUGUGCUACCACUGCCUCUUCAUUCUGGGAAGAUCAAAUCUUCCUUGCUCACCCAGUCAAAGUCUCUGCAUGUGGAGAAGGCGAGGCAGUGUCCCACCCCACAGAGCAAAGGGCCCGUUCUUUCAGGGCAAAACUCCAGCAGCUUGGCAACAAGCAACUUGAAAUCAUGCAAACCCCAAAUGUUGGGCAUUCAGAUUAAUAACUGUAGACAACAGCAGGAAAAGCACCACAGUCCUAGUAGCUCUUCAGUAAAAGAUAAAGGGAAAGCAAGACUUCUGGCUUCUCAGGUAGGGACAGGGAAUAGCAGCAUCAACAGCUCUUUGGAAAACCCUUUGAACAAAGCUGCUGGGUCAAGUUGUCGAGGAAUAGAGUUUCUCAGUAACAGAUCUGCUGGGAACAGAUAUGUGGGAUUUGAUGGACUGCCUUCUAAAAGAGUUAGGCCUAAUCUCUUUGCUCUGGAACAGAUCGAUUCUGCCCGACAUCGGACGGAGAAUGAUACUGCCAGAUUACCUCUUUCAGGCAAAUAUUCAGGUCUGCUCCCUCAGGAAUGUUCGCACACCAAGCUUGCCUCCUCUGUCCUGCCUGUCAAACAAGGGCUCCUGAGCUCUGAAGGAGAUGCUAUAAAUCCAGUGACUGUUCUAAAGCCAUAUGAAACAUACGGCCCUGGACCAUUUCCCAGUUCCUGUGGAUCAAGUAGCAGCCAUGUCCCCAGCUCUUCAAAAGAAGGAAAAAGACCAGUGUCGUAUCAACAGCUGUCUAGUACCUUGCUACAAAAGCGAAAUUAUGAGAGCUUUAUUGGCAAUACCCAUAAUCGCCUGAAUGAUAAGAAAACAUGAUUUGGCUGCAACAGAUGGUAUGAAGAUGCAGACUUUGAAUUCCCUUACAGCUCAUCUCUUGAGAACGAUAGGAUGAUGAAAGCUACCAAACUAAGCUGUGAUUUUACUGUGCUUAAAGAAAAACACUACAGUUGUGUAAUGGAAGAUCUGAUCCUGCUUGGAUGAAGCAGUGUAAACGUUGUUGUCCAAGACAGUGUUGUCCAAGUGUGUGAAUCAGUUCCCAACCUUGAAUAAUACUUUUUUCUUAGAAUUACAGUAGACCAAAUAUUCAACUUAAAUAUAUUUUUGCAUAUGUGAGUGCUGCUGAUGCUGUGUGCAGUCCUUGCAUCUCAGGUAAAGCUGCGCAUUCUGUUUCUCUCACUGAAAUACGGAGAGGAUUUUUGUCUGAAUAUGGUCAGGUUUUGUUUUCUUCUGUAAAAAGCAGUUUUCAAAGAAACCGUGUACUACUCACGUUCAUCUUAAGCACAAUUAAUUACCUCUCAGAUUACAUCAGGAACAUUUAGCAACAAACAAGACCAUACCUUCUUUGGAGAAAUCAUAUAUUUUCUCAAAUUGAAUCUUGUUUUUUUUUUUUUUUUAGCAUGACUUCCACAAAGGAAUGGAAUUAAUUGAUUGCACUCUCUGUUAGUGUAGGGAGUAAACUACUCAAACCAUUGGUAUAAAGAUAUAAUUCCUCUCAUAUAAUGGAUGUAGAAUGUUUCUAGCUGGAUACCUUCUGGGUAUUUCAGUUUAUCCCUUUUUCUUUUCUUAAAUACUGUUUUCACCUCUACAUGUGCAUCAUAUUGCAAAAAUGUAUAGAUGUAAAUAGAUUUUGUACAUAUGCCUAAGAGGGAAGGUAGCAUUCCUCUGAAAUACUGAUGCCAAUCAUCAUACCAACUUGUGUGUAUAUAUAUAUGUGUAUAUAUAUAUAUUUAUGAAUAUAGUAACUCUUGCAUAUUUACUUGACAAACUGAACGUUCAGUCUGCCUCCCUCAUGUGGUUUCAUAGACACAAGAUUCCUACAGGUUGCCCAUGUUUUUCUGUUCCUCUUGUCCCCAACUCAAAGGCUGUUUGCUUUGGGUCAGGAUAAAACUUUAGACACACUGUGAUGCACGCAGCAAUUGCCUUGAAUUGGAGGCUUGUGGUCCCUUCUCAUAAAGAGAUCCUGCAGCCACACUUCUCCAUGUAGCUACAUAAGUACUUGGGUUCCCAUUUGAAAUCAGGGCUUAUGCCCAACAUUGUUUGCCAAAACCAAAAUUGUGUGUUUAGGGGUCUUGUGAGGUAGUUUUUGUGCAUAUACACUUUGUGAGUAGUUCAGCCCAAAGUUGAGUGAUAAAUUUAAUGAGGAAUGGUGGUUCGUUGGUUCGUUGGUUUUUUGUUUUCUUUUUAGAUUGAAUUUUUUUUUUUUAUUUCCCUCUGCACAGGACUGAAAAUUGAAUAGGAGAAUGGUCUGGUGGCUGAAAAAUUGAAUUGUGUAUGUUGAAGCUGUAUGUUCCAAGCAUUUUUUAAAGACUUUAACAACAGCUUAAUGUUAUUUUCAGUUUGACAUACCCAUGUUUCAGAACAAAAAUGGUUUAAAAAAUACUUUUUGCACUGUUGAAUGUGUUUCCUAUUAGAUGUAAAUUUGCAGAAGCAAGGUAGACAUUCUUGGAAGUUUUCUUCACACCAGGCAAGUACCUCUGGAAGCAUUUUAAUUUUCUGACUUCCUGUGUGCGAAAAAAUGUAUCUGUAAAACUGGCAAUGUAAUGAAGUGCUGUGUAUCAGGAAAUUGUACAAAAUUUACCCUUUUCCUGUUCAUAAGCUGAGCCAUAUGUACAUAAAAUCUAGAUUUGUUUUCCUAGUUUUGCACUUUUAUAGCCUAUUUUUGAAGAUGAAUACAUUUGGAAGAUGGUUGAUCUAUUUUUGCCUGAUCCUUCAAUGAGUCUUGUCUCUCUCUCUUUUUUUUCUUCUCUGUUUUUAAGUAAUGGAGCUUAAUGAAAUAAUAAUUUUAAAAAAAGACCAGAACUGUAUUUAAUUACAGUUUUUAAAAGCAUCUCUUGCUUUUUGUUGGGGCAGUCUUUUGGAAGCUUAUGGGCAUCCUUCUCGAUUUGGGACAGAAUUAAGGCCUUAGUUCCCAGUCUGUGCUGCCUUUUAAGCAUGGGAAUUACUGCAGCACAAGCUUUUUCCUGUCCUACUGAAAGUUUCCAUGAAAAGCCCUGGCUGGUUCUUGUUCUAGCCUGUAUCAGAGUUGGGUUGGGUUUCAGGAGGGAGCAGUACUUCACGCAUUCACUUUUCUGAUGUUAUAUCUGCAGCAUAGAAUCAAGCAACUUUUGCAUAUUGUGUAGACUUCAACUCUCCACAUAAGCAGCAGGGUCCACAAUGGCCUGGUCAUUCUUUGAGCUGAUCCAUACAUCUGGAGGGUGUCCAGAUGGAGGAAAGCUGCUGGUGGGAUAUUGCAAAAGAGGCCUUAAGCGCAGUCCACUAACACUUUCUGGGCAGAGGUGUGAUACAAACCAUGUCAAAAGGAAAAGACAGCUUGCUGUAGCAAUUACUUGUAUAUUACAACACUGGUCUCCAAAAUAGGUUUUGCCCAUCAGUAUUAACUAUGGGAUACUACUGUGUGUGUCUUUUUUUCCUUUUCCUCUUUUUGGUAAUAGUGAUGAGAAUACUGGUACAAUUGUUAUAUUUAUUUCCUUCUACCUUGAUUUAUUUUAAUUGUUAAACCCUUACAUUGUUGAGCUGUAGACACCAUAAAAAUCAUUUAAUUUA